AUCACUAUAACGAGCCAUAUUAAAAAGAUAGUAAACCAUUAACCAACAAUUUGAAAAUUUGAAAGAUUCAAAUUAGUGUCCGAGGGCGCCAUUUGCAGGUGGGCCGGAUUUUGUUUCAGGUAGUUCUGUGCGAGGAAAAGGGAAGGCGAGCCAAGCGAGAUACAAUUUCCAUACAUUCUAGCCUCUACACGGUAAACCAGAUCUAACAAGGGAUUGAAAAGCCAACAGAGGAACAUUAGCAAGUAUUCAAACUAAUUCUUUUAUCCUUCAACCUGAAGAAUUUUAGAUGGAACAAAGCACUGACAUUGCUAAGAGGCUUGACUUUGAUGAAGAUGUUGAUGCAUCCAUUGAUCUUGACUUUUUCUACAGACGCAUAGAGGAGCUGGCUAAAUUACCCAGACAUAUAAAGGAACUUGAGAAUGAAGCUAUGGCUAUAGCAGAGUUGGAAAUGUGUACUGAUUCGUAUUUUGAGAAACUCAAGGAAAUGACUUUAGGGAUACGGUCUGAGUAUAUUGACCUUACAGAAAAGGAAAAUUGUUUGGAAUAUAGUGGGAUUGAUGAUUCUGACAUGCAGCUGCAGAAUCUUAAAAAUGAGCUCCAUUGUGCACAAGUUGAGUCUGCAAGAAUUUCUGAGGAAAUUGAAAAUCUAGCUUCAACAGCUGCAAGAGAUGUGAGUCAACUUGCACACGAAUUAUUUGCCUUGGAAACAUACCUAAAUUCUUCAAAGGAAGAAAAUAAAGAUGAUUGCAAGCCUGAUCAGAACGAAGUCAUUAAUCAACUAGAGAAGCAACUUAAUGAAUUGAAAAUGGAGGAGGCCAAAUGGAACGAGCUUAAAAGGCAUGAGAAUUGGAUGUUAUUUGGAGAAAAUUACAAGUUUGAGGCACUGAAGCUGAAAGAUGAACUAAUUGAGAAAAGAGCAGAGUGGAGAAAUCUGCAGAAACUUGAUGACAUGUGUAAACAGAUUGAGGCCAUCAGAAUGGUUGAAGAUCUUCUUUGUGAUAUAAAGGAUAUUAGCUUUGUGAAUGGUUGCAUUCAGCUAUCACUGAAAACUUGUAUCCCUGCAUUGGGAGGUUCCUUAUGUCAAUUCAAAUUUGAUUGCAUUAAAGAGUCAUUCGCUGUGGAUCAUAGGCUACUGAUAAAAACAGUGGCAGAAAACAUGACACUACAAGAUGCAGAGCUUAUUCCAAAUGACGUGCCUAUAGAUGAUAUCGUCAAUGCUGCCAAAGUAAGAAGUGAUCCAGUGACAGCAAUUGCCCUAGCAGAAUUUAGAGGUCGAUUUGAGUUUUUGGUGAAAGAGAUUCAGUUUCGCAUUUAUUGCCAUAAUAUAAGGUUGGCUUUACUCGAGCAUGAUGCAAAGCUUUCUCGGAACUCUUUUAGUUAUUCGGAGAGGGAUCAAGUUAUAACUGUCCAUGUGUUUGGAGGAAUCAAAGCAUUUAUUAAAGUUGCUAAUAGUUGGCCGGUAUCCACGAGUCCUCUAAAACUAAUUUCGUUGAAGCCUCUGGAUGAGUCUGCUGGUGACAUUUCAUUCUCUAUGCUUUGCAAGGCUAUGGAAAUAUCAAACUCUCUUGAUAUGUCAAGAAGACAAAGUCUUUUACUUUUUAUUGAUGCGAUAGAAGACAUUCUUUUGCAACAAAUGCAAAAACCUUCGAGUUUUGGAAAAUAAUAUAAAUCUUAACUAGAACUCUCCUUGUAUUAACUAUUUCACGUGCGAUUAUAUUAAUAAAUGUUGUACCAUAAUCUUAAAUGAGGUUUACUUUCCUUUGUAAACCUUGUUUAAUUAUCCUAGGAUAUUGAAAUUGUAGGCAUGCUGAUUGUUGUGUUGUAAGUAUUAAUUGUAUUGUGAGUGCCAUUUACUAAUGUUGAUUGAUAAAUAUUAAAUUCAUUUCAUUUUGUUAACAAAA